AUGACAGCCGACAUUAAGCUAAAUGAAUUGGGAGACCUGCACGAAGUCCACAAGAGGCGGCUUCUGGAAGCAUCUCGGAAGGCCAACCUUCAGGAGGUCGAAGCUCUCCUGGAGAUGGGUAUUUCUGCCAAUAUCCGAGAUGAGCUGGGGAUGUCGCCAUUGAUGCUGUGCUGUAUUGCAGAUACUCGUGAUGAACUACACACUGUCCACCGACAUGGACGCAAGGAGGCGACGGCUGUCGCAUCCGCCUUGCUGGAGAACUCCGCUGACAUGAACGCCCUUGGUCCAGGAGGGUGGCCUCCAAUCUUUUUUGCUGCCUUCUACUGUGACUUUGAUGUCAUGAGAGCUUUGAUACACGCCCAGUGCGACGUGAACAUCCGGGACGAGUCUGGCCGAUCCUUAGCAAGCUGGGCCAGGUACGGUGACCAGGACCGUGAGCACCAAAAGGCCGUUCUGAAGAUGCUGUACCGACAUGGCUUUCCUGCUCCCGUGGAGGCCAAAGUAAAGCUGGGCCAACUGAAGCCGGAUUUCUGGGCUCCCAUUCCAGUCGACCAGAAGCUUUCGGAGUUGCUGGCCAACGGUGCUGAUCUGAUUUGGAAGGACUGUCGGGGUCGCACCUUCGGAAAGAGAAAGCUGCUGACCUACCGUCAUCCCGAAUCUGAUGAUGAGGGAACCUCCUCAAAGCCACUUGCACAUCACGUGUCUCUGAAUCCGUACCAGGGGAAGAUCUAG